AGCAUCCCCCUCAGCAAUGGCCACCAACAUCACGUUCCAUCCGGGCUCUGUCGACGCCGCCGAGCGUGCCCAGCUUCUCGGACAGAAGGGAAUCACCAUCUGGUUCACCGGCCUGAGUGCCAGUGGCAAGUCGACGAUUGCAUGUGCCCUCGAGCAGCACCUCCUUCAUCUACACAAGUUUUCCUACCGUCUCGACGGCGAUAACAUUCGCUUCGGCCUGAACAAGGACCUGGGCUUCGACGAGGCAUCGCGGAAUGAGAACAUCCGUCGCAUAGGAGAGGUCUCCAAACUUUUCGCCGAUGCGAGCUGCAUCGUCCUCACUGCCUUCAUCUCCCCCUACCGGGCCGACCGAGCUGUCGCACGCCAGCUACACGAAAAAGCUGGUCUCAGCUUUAUCGAAGUCUUCGUCGAUGCGCCAUUGAGGGUCGUUGAGCAACGGGAUCCCAAGGGUCUCUAUAAGAAGGCGAGGGCCGGCGAGAUCAAGGACUUCACGGGCAUUUCAGCCCCCUACGAAGCUCCCGAAACACCAGAGAUUCAUAUUAAAACAGAUGAGAGCGAUGUCAAGGAGAGCGUCCGGAUCAUCACGGAGUACUUGAGCAAGCAGGGCUUCAUUUGAGGACUGUGGAUAUUGCGGUCUGUUAAUUUAUCAAGUUACUUGUAUUACGUAGAAUGUUGCAAUGCCACCCACGAGUUCUCAGUGUAUCCUAAA